GUGACGGAGUCAACAAGAGUUCGAGAGCGAUCAAAUGGAGAGGGUUGUCAGGUACGUGGCGGGGCGCGGAGUCGAUGUGCCUGGCAUGGGUGGUGUGAGGGGAGGAGAGGCGGGGCGGCAGCCCCUGGAGGGAGCGUUAGGAGGGGUCGGGGGAGAUGGUGGAGGUGGAGACACGGAGGAGGGCGCGAUCGACAUCGAUCGCGAGGCGCGUGUCCCGGGUGAGCAGGGAGUCCCGGGACCCGAGGACGUGCCUGAGGUUUAUCCAGGCACUGGGGAGAGGAUGGAGGAAUUUUUGAGCCACAACGAGAUUGCGAGUAUGCAGGCGGUGGAGACCCACUGUGAGGAGCUGGCGGAGGAGUUGGAGGAGGUGAGGCAGCCAUUCAGGAUCACUGGUGCCACCCUCCUCUCCGACGGGAGGAAAUCACGAGACGGGAAACCGAUUGUGAAUUUCCUUGCCGCCGGCUCGCGAGGGGUCGUCGUCUACACGACGAUCAAUCGCGAGGGCGAGCCGGACGAUGCAGUGCACGUCCUUUGGAAACGGGUGACCAUCUUCCACGAGUUUAGUUUCGGCGGCCCGCAGCGGGUCAAUGCGAUAUGCACAGACUCCGCAUCGGCGUACGUGGGGGCUGUGAGGGCAUUGGCCUCGUCGGGCAUCCCUCCUGCAAUCAGGAGGAUCACUUGGCUUCCGUGUUCCGUCCAUGUCUGCAACAAAUUGUUGUUAGACAUGGGGACGAGUUGCGACGCGUUUGUGGACGCGAUUACACACACUCGUGUUCUGGUGGUGUUUUUCAAAACCCACCAGGCUGCCCUUUAUUUCUUUAGGAAGCGCAGCCCCAACAAGGGGCUUGUGCUUUCUUGCGAGACGCGGUUCGCAUCUGUUUAUUCUCUGUUGGAGAGACUGUUGGCCCUACAGGACGCUCUGCAGGCGAUGAUGCGAGGGGAUGACGGGCGGGAGUUUGCUUCUAUACCGUGGUCCGCCGAUGUGUGCGACAUGGUGUGUUGGGUGCGCCGGCAGAUGAGAUGGGAGCCUUGGUGGCACACGAUGGCCACCAUAGUCCACAUCAUGCAGCCCGUCAUGGAGCUGCUUAGGCGGAUGGAUCGUGGGGGGCAGUACAUGUCCCUCAUGAUCGAGUGGACACAGGAUCUUGUCUGCCGUGUCACUGAUGCAUGCGCUCCUUUGGGGAGGGUUUUCGCUGACCGCAUCAUCAGGCGUGUGCAGGAUCGCACACAGCACAUGCUGGAGCCUGCUCACUGCGCGGGGUUCUUACUGAACUCUCGCAGGCGACAUGUUGAGUACUUUUCGGGCGAAGCCAAGAGGUACAUUUUGACGCAGACGGGUUACGAGGAGGAUGAUGUGGAGUACAUCAUUGCAUGUCAGCAGUUUGAGGACUUCCACAUGCAGCAGGGCACAUUUGGGGAUUGGGGAGGGGGGGAGGGGCGUGCUCGUGGGCGUGCUUGCAGCGGCGACAGGGAGACGAUUGAGUGCGCGUCCUGGUGGUCUGAGUAUGGGUCUGGCGCGCCUGAGUUGCAGUGCUGCGCUCUUCGUGUGAUGCACAUGUCGUCUUGUGCCUCUCCAGCGGAGAGGAACUGGGCAGUCCACGAGGGCAUUCACACGAAGAAGCGCAACCAGUUGGCCUUUGACAAGGUUGUUCAGCUCGUUGAGAUCACCGCGAAUGUGCUGUUGUCGGAGUAUCGGCGGGCCGGGUGCGGUUAUGUGCUGCCAUGGCAGCGGGACGAGGGCAUGCUAGACUGCCAAGCCGGACUGGAGUUGGAGCCAGUGCGCACGGGCACGCGCAGGCGGAUGACGCCGGAGGAGAUUGCCCGUCAGGUUGCGCUUAUCACACAGGAUCCCAUCAGGGUCUCCGCACCAUCCAUCGUUGAGGCCGUAUUUGGUAGACGUGCUUCCAUUUUCCGUCCUUACCCCAGGGAGGAUGAUUCCGACGAGGAGCCGGUACCCGAGGCAGCGGACCACCCCGCACUCCGCAUUCCCCGUGAGAUCGACGAGACGCACCUGGAUCCCGAGGAGGACACCAGGGCGCAUUCUGCACGACGGGACGCUGACAAGGCGGAGAGGGAGAUGAUGGGGGGAGAGGAGGAGUUGUGGGGACCGUUCGGGGAGGUCGCUUCGACGGGCGGCACAGGAGCGCGGGCGACGAGCCCCGCUCCGACGAGGCAGGAGUCGUCCAUGCCGCCACCUUCUGCUCCGAGUCCUGCACUGCCAUCGCCCGUCGCGCCAUAUGAGCCGACCACAGCAGCAGAGGACAUGGAGGAGUUGGCGUCCUCUUUGCCUCAGCGCGAACUAUGCCACAGAGGCGGGGCAGUCCGACAACUGAGGUUACGAUCACCUUCUCCGGGGGUCUUGCAGGAGGAGGGGGGACCGUCGACAUCAGCAGUGGAGGGGGAGAUGGCAGUGGAGGGGGGAUUGGCGGACACGACGAUUGCAGAUGUGGUGGACCAGCUAGCUGUAGCAGCAGCGGCUUCAUUGCUAGAGGAGAUGGCAGCUUCAGUGUUGGCGGAGGAGGCACCAGCGCCAUGGGGAGCAGAUUUAGUGGAGGGGCAGGCGGGAGCAGCUGGAGGAGCAGUGGGAGGAGCAGCUGGAGGAGCAGCUGGAGGAGCAAUUGCACUGGAUGGGCUUGUGGCUGCAGCAGCAGGAGCAGCUGGAGGAGCGGAUGUAGUGGAGGGGGGAAUGCCAGGAGCAGUGGAGGAGGAGAUAGAGGCACAGGAGGAGGUGUCGCGUGGGGACGGCGACGAGCGCCUCAUGCAGCGGUUCCUCACGGAGCAGUACGAUCCGGUAAUGGCGGGUAUGACCCCAGGUGUGGCGAGGGGAUUGGGGAUGUCGGAUUCGCAGAUGGGGAGCCACCUGGACUUAGAUUUGUCGAUGGGCCUUCCACCUAGUUGCGGCGUGGCGACAUCGACGGAUCGCGCUCCAUCGAGGGACGACGCGGCUGGAGAGAGUCUCACGCAACCCCAGAGAGUGACUACGACUAGGUCUCCGGAUGCGGCACGCGACAUCCUAGAGCGAGAGAGGGCUCGACUUGUGGCAUUGACUAACCUGUGUGCUCAGGCAUUCGCACGGGCGUUGGAGGACGCGUGGCGUCGAGAGACAGGGGGGGGGGGGGGGGGGGGUGUGCGGGGUGGGGUGGUGGCGGGGGAGGACGUUGUGGAGAGAGUGGUAGCACGGGCGGACACUGAGGCUGUGCAGGGUGGGUGAGAGGCAGCGGAUGUUCAUGUGGAGGGCUUGCAUCAGGCGAUGGAUGAGGCUGUGCAGGCAGGACGGCGGCGAGACGAG